UUGAAUCACUCUGGACCAGUUUGUGUAAUUUUACCAGGUUUGUUGACGUGUUUGGGAUGAUUUAAAUCCUUUUAUGUGCAGCUUUUGUACCAACUUUAUGAGAUUUUAACAGUUUUCGAGAAACUCAGUGUGUGUUGGUGUCUGAAGCAGCAUUGAAGCUCUGUCAGAGUGUCUUCAGGUAUUUGCGGCGUGCACCGGACAGGUGUGCACGAAUGUGGCAGUGCAGGGAGGAGAGGCAGUAAGUGGAGUGAAACUGGAUCUCUGCAUCUUAAUUCUCCUCUGAAGACUUUCUCAGGGGGUUGAGACCAGAGUUUAUUCUUAGCGCUGAUCUGGACUCUCCCUCUCCUUCUCGUCGUCUCACUUUCUGUGUUUGUCUGUGCUUCCUUCUCCUCGGUUUUCUACUUUUAUUUCAGUGUUUUUCUGACUCCAGGCGGUGCAGUCGGUCCUUCAGGCUGUUCUGUCUCGACUCCACGUCCUAAAGUUUCCUCCUGAGCUUCAAUAUUUUCCGUCCUCGGAGGUUUGGUCCUCUGAGCAGCUCUCCUGUAUGAUGGGAAAGACGGAGCUGUGCUCUCUGUACAAAGGCUUCCUGGACUGUAUCUGCCUCUGCCUCAAUCGGAAAGGUGGCCACUCUGCUGGAAACGCUGAGCGAGACGCCGACAACGGUCACCUGAUCUACCGGAGCGGCGACCUUCUGGAGGACAGGUACGAGAUCGUCGACACUCUGGGUGAAGGAACGUUUGGGAAGGUGGUGCAGUGUUUGGACCACAGCAGAGGUGGAAGUCCAGUCGCCCUGAAGAUCAUCAAGAACCUGGAAAAAUACAGAGAAGCAGCCAAACUGGAGAUCAACGUCCUGGAGAAGAUCAGUGAAGAAGAUCCCAACAACAAGCACCACUGUGUUCAGAUGUUCGACUGGUUCGACUACCACGGCCACGUCUGCAUCUCCUUCGAGCUUCUGUCUCUCAGCACCUUCGACUUCCUGAAGUCCAACAACUUCCUGCCCUAUCCCAUCAGCCAGAUCCGCCACAUGGCCCAGCAGAUCUGCCACGCCGUCAGCUUUCUCCAUGACCUCCAGCUGACUCACACCGACCUGAAGCCAGAGAACAUCCUCUUCGUCAGCUCUGACUACUCGCUGGUCUACAACGCCGACAAGAAGUGUAAUGAGAGGAGGGUGAAGGACUCCACUGUGAGGCUGGUGGACUUCGGCAGCGCCACCUUCGACCACGAACAUCAUUCAGCGGUGAUUUCUACGAGACACUACAGAGCUCCAGAGGUCAUCCUGGGUGAGAAGACUCAGGUUCAGAGCUGGGCUGGAGUCACCCCUGUGACGUCUGGAGCAUCGGCUGCAUCCUGUUUGAGUUCUACGAAGGAUCCACGCUGUUCCAGGUGGCUCCAUCCACACCUUAGAGGUUCCGUUAUCUCCACGCUGCUCCUUAUCUUCACGUUCUUCUGUUCUCCUCCAGACUCACGACAACAGAGAACAUCUGGCCAUGAUGGAGAGGAUCCAGGGGGCGAUUCCUCAGAGGAUGAUCCAGAGGAGCAGGUAACGAAGCAGAAAUAUUUCCACCGAGGCCGUCUGGACUGGAACGAGAGCACCAAGGCCGGACGCUACGUUAAGAACAAGUGCAAACCCUUGAAGAAGUACUUGCUGUCUCAUGGGACGGAGCAUCACUUGUUCUUCGACCUGCUGGAGAAGAUGCUGGAGUACGAACCGUCCAAGAGGAUCCGUCUGUCUGCGGCUCUCAACCAUCCGUUCUUCCUGUACCAGAAAGGGAAGAACCAGAGCUGGAGGAACGACGCCAGCAGAUGUUCUGAGCUUCUGGAUUCUCUUCAACAGGAAGUUCACGAGAAGGAAACCUUGGAGAGGAAUCAGAGGAGGAAAAGUUCUAAUCAGUGCCUGUGAGGUCAAGGCUUGGACUUUGUAGAUGAAGAAUGUGGAAGUAGAAGGAGACGAGAUGUUCCCUCAGCAGGACAGAGUUUCAAUGAAGAACCAGAACCCCUGUCUACAUCUGAUCAUGAACAUUUGAACAUAUUGCUUUAAAAAAAUGAAAAAAUUUAAGAAAACUUUUGGAACUUUGUCCAAAUAAUCCAGAAGCUGUUUUCUGGAACCGUUCUGGUGAAAUUUUGUGUGAUUCUGGAAAACCUUCAAGACAUUUUAGAGAAGUUUGGAACCAUUUUGGUCAUGUUUGGAGUCAUUUUGGGGACAAUUGUGUAAUUUUGGACAAACUUAGGGUCCUUUUGGGGACGUUUCAAGAUGUUUGGGACAAAUUUUGAGUUGUUUUGGUCCAGUUCUGGGUUAGGGUCCAAAAAAUUUUGGUCACGUGAUCUAUAGGAGACAUUUUGUUUCCAAUUCAUGAACGCCGGGUUUUCCUGUUAACGUUGUUUACACCGCAGAGAGUAAUUCUAGGUCUUUUUUGGCUUCAUAAAUACCUGAAAAAUGACGGGCUGUUGUGCCUUUGGGUGCACAAAUCGAUCUGAGAAGGGAUUACACAUGUUUAGAUUUCCCAGUAAUAGCGAAAGAAGGAAACUGUGAAAAUAAAGUCCGGAGAGUGGGAUGGAAACCGACUUCAUCAUGAUUUUUGUGCCAGGUUAGUCCCAUGUAUGUACUUUCAUGUUAUGAUGUAUGGGUGAAUGACAGAUAGAAAAGUUUGAUGUGAUUUUAGGCAGCUGUGGUUAUUUUGACUUUGACCAUUUUCAUGCAUGGAGAUGCAUGAAAUACGGGCCGCUGAAGUUUAACGGGGUAACCCGUUAAACUUCAGCGGCCCAUCUGAGCUUCGACAACAGCCUCCCUGUUCAUUCACAUGAUUUCCAAUUCAACAAACAGCUGACAGUUUUCUGUUUCCUAUUUUCUGUUUUCCGUCCAACCUGCAGUCACUUAUCAGCCUCAUAUGACCCGAACAGGCUCCGUAUUGUUCACCUGUUUCUGGGCUGUUAGCCGCCGUUAGCAUGAGGAUGCUGUUAGCCAUAUGCUAACAGCUGCAGCACCGUACAGGCGGACGGGAAAGCGUAUUUUGCUAAAUUGACCGAAGCUGCAAACUCGAUGAUAGAAACAUUAUACACCCAUGGAAAGCUUAGAUUCUCAUGAAUCCACCGGUAUAAACCACUUUCAGAUGUGAUUACCACAGCGGGUAAUAUAAACACAUUUGUCCAACAAACAGCAAAUAACGUUAACGGCACAACUCACCUUUGAAGGCUCAAAACUCGUCACAGAUGAAAAUAUUCCACAAAAAACGGUCAUAAUCCAACCUUGGACAUCCAGACAAAACAAGCCAGUAAAUUAUUUUGUCCAAAACAUGUCUUGAAAUCAGUAAGCAAUCCACAAAUAGCUAGUUUUCGUGAAUGUGCACCUCGCGCUGCGCGUCCCAUAUUGAGUGAAUGGAAACAAAAUGGCGUCAAAUCCCCAGUUGUCGCUACUCUGAUUAUACAGGCACUCUAUCUCAGACAAAAGAACAGAAGUACGGCAGACCAACGCUGUCAUUAAAACAGAGGUACAGCAGACCAACACAGCGAAUAAAGCGAAAGAACGACAGACAAUGACACAGAAGGACGGCACACUGAGGCUGCCAACACGGAGCCGUUUUAGAAAUAGGUGAAACAUUAAAACGAGGGAGCUUCUGUUUUAUUGUUUUUUCUGCUCGAUCUUCUGGCACCAGAUCAAUGAAAAGGCGUUUAUGCGAGUCUGGACUGAAGAAUUGUUCCAUGAUGUGUCAAAACAAAAACAAAAAAUUCUAUUUUUUAAAUUUACUAAACAAUGACGUCUUUGUGACGUUUUAGACAGCAUCCUAAACUAUUAUAUAUAGACUUAAAAUGACCACAAAACCACUAAAAUCAAUUCAAAAUUAGCACAAAACCAUCAGAAUGGUCUCAAAAUGACUUAAAAAUGGUUUCUUUCUGCUUCUGGAGCUUUCAGCCACAUCCGCUGGUCUUCUUCACCAGAUUCACUCUCUCACUUUAAUACACUUCAAAUGAUUCUGUUGAGGAAGUUCACAGGAUGCAGCUUAAAGCUUCAGAAACUUUUUGAGUGUCUCUUCUUUGAAAAUGAAACGAUGGGCAUGUUUAUUUAUUUAUUCGUUUAUUUGAUAGGGACAAGUGUGUACAAUAAACAUGUAGCACACCAAAAAAAAAAAAAAAAAACAUUUAUAGCCAAGGCUAAUUUGCAAUGUCCGUCCCUAGAUGGGCUUUUACAGUACAAAAUUACAUUACAUUACAAUCUGACAUAACACAAACACUGUACAACAGUACUAAAAAUGGGUACAGACUUGAUCCCUUUUUAAAACAGACUUCAGUUUAUUUUUAAAAGCUCCUAGAUCCAGGUCCCUUUUUAGCUCAGGUGGUAACGAGUUCCACAGUGUGGCAGUCUUUAUUAAAAAGGCUGACUUCCCCAAUGCUGUUUUCCUAUAAAGUACUUUUAUGUUUCCAGUGGCGGCUCCUCGUGUAACGUAGCCCAGUGCUCUGAGUGGGACUGUAAGCUGUCCAAGGACCUCAAGGGCUUGAUUAUGCAAACAUUUAUACAAUAAAUUUAGGUCACAAAACUUAAUAAAAUUUUUAAAGUUUAGAAAAUUUUACUUCUGCAAUACUUCACAAUGGUGGGUUCUUAUUGUUUUUUUUUUUUAGCAAGUGUUUUUAAAGCUCUGUAGUAAAUCAUUCUCACCGGAUUCAUUGCUGUAUUAGUUGCCUGUGACCAUGAGGUUAUGCAAUAACUAAGGUGGGAAAAGACCAUUGCGUGCAUAAAUAAAAUGUUCAGGAGAAGAAGGGCCAAAC